AUGACCUCUAAGCUUUCAUCCCAACCUCUCCUCGCUCACCGCGCACUCCCCCUUCCGCCCUCCCGUGCGCUACCGCCGCCCCUUUCUUCUCCGCGCGCCCGAGUUCCGCCGCCGCUCCGCCAUGGCGGACUCGCAGCGCUUCCGUUCCGCCCAUCCCGCCGGAACUUUGGGGGAAUCCCAUCGCACACAGUCACAGUCACAUUAAAACGAAAUAGAUUGUUCCGUCCGGGAUUCGCGGCAGCGUCUGCGGCGGGCGCGGCGUGGGCUAGCGAUCCCGCGGAGUGGCGGAAUGCGGAGGUGGGGACGGCGGAGGGGGCGCGGGAGCGGACGGCAUUGGGGGGCGGCGCAUUGGAAGAAGCGGGGACGUAUGACGUGGCAAGCAAUGAGAGGUGGCUUUCUCAGGAGAAGGCUCGGCUGCUGACAGUGCAGGGCGGCAAGGUCCCAGGGGGGCUGCUGUUGACACGUGGCAGCUGGCAAUGGGAGGAGAGAGGCCCGUCGCUGUACCGCCUCGUGGGGGUCAUGAGUUUCCACAACACGACGCGCAAGCAGGAGAUUUUCAUCCCACAUGUGACGGCGAGCGUGGUGCUGCUCUCCUCCCACUCCCUCCACGGCAUCUCCACUCACGUCUCUAUCGCUCCACGCCAUCCGGGCGGCAAGCCUGCCGCCCGAGCGGAUGGCUACUGGCCGGCGUACAUCACGCGGGCAGGCAAGGGCACUGCCAUGGAGGUCACUGUUGAGAUCCGGGCGGCAGACUCAGUCGACGCAGCAGCACUCUCGCACCUCAAGGCGGCCAGGCUGGACGUGCAUUACCCGGCGUACGGGCCACAUGGCAGCCUGCCAUUGGUGCAGCACGUCAUCCUGCCCCUCGCCUUCCCCCCCUGCCCGCCCCCAUCCGCUCCUCACGCCCCUCAGUGGCGCAGGUAUGCCCCUCAGUGGCGCAGGUAUGCCCCUCAGUGGCGCAGGUAUGCUUGCUGUCAUCCCUAUUCUCCCUCGCCCCUACUCACCCUCGCCGCUACUCAUCCUCUCCUCUGCUCCACCGCUCCCCCCUUCCAUGCGCAUUCACCUUGUCUCCACACCGUCACAACUGCCUCCCGUCCCCCCCCUCUCCCCAACAGCAUAGCACCAGGCAUAUCAGUGCUGGCGGUCCCAACGCACCUGCUGUGCCACCUUGACGACCCGCUUCUCGCGCUGCGACGCUACGCAGCGCCAUAUCUCCAACCAGGCGACGUGGUGACACUUGGCGAGACCCCAUUGGCUAUCAUGCAGGGUCGCUUCCGCCACCCAGACUCCUUGUGCGCGGGCCCAGUGGCCCGUUGGGCGUGCCGCCGCUUCCUGCCCACCUCCUCCCUCGCCACUGCGUGUGGCAUGCAGGCCCUUAUCGACGUGGUGGGGGUGGUGCGCGUGAUAGUGGCGGUGCUGCUGGCGGCACUGGCGAGGCUGCUGCUGGGAAAGAGGGGUGUGUUCUACCAGCUGGCAGGGGAGCAGGCACGGCUAAUCGACGACGUCACGGGGACUCUCCCUCCUUACGACCAGUUCAUCACCCUCGGGCCUCUGCGACCGCAGGAGACGGUGGAUGGGCUGAGUGCGAAGCUGGGGUGUGGCGUGGCGAUAGUCGAUGUUAAUGACCUCAAGAAAGUGCAGAUCCUCGCUGCAUCAGCAGGGGUGGACCAUGGGAGGCUCACAACAGCGCUGCUCCCUAACCCAGCAG